GUUAGUGAAUUGCAACUCCAGAAGCAAUGCCUGUACAAGCUCCACAGUGGACGGAUUUCCUUUCCUGCCCGAUUUGCACUCAGACUUUCGACGAAACAAUUCGAAAGCCCAUCAGUUUGGGUUGUGGCCAUACUGUCUGCAAGAUGUGCCUGAAUAAACUCCACCGGAAGGCUUGCCCAUUUGACCAGACCACUAUCAAUACAGACAUUGAGCUCCUUCCCGUGAACUCAGCGUUGCUUCAGCUAGUGGGUGCUCAGGUCCCUGAGCAGCAGCCUGUUACAUUGUGUAGUGGGGUUGAAGAUACAAAGCAUUAUGACGAAGCCAGGAAAUGUGUAGAAGAAUUAGCAUUGUACCUGAAACCACUCAGCAGCGCUAGAGGAGUGGGUCUGAAUAGCACUACUCAGAGUGUUCUGAGUCGCCCAAUGCAGAGGAAGCUGGUGACUCUGGUCCACUGCCAACUAGUGGAAGAAGAAGGCAGGAUUCGUGCCAUGCGAGCAGCUCGAUCUUUAGGUGAACGAACAGUUACAGAGCUCAUUCUCCAGCACCAGAAUCCUCAGCAACUCUCUUCUAAUCUUUGGGCAGCAGUAAGGGCUCGGGGCUGCCAGUUCCUUGGACCAGCAAUGCAGGAGGAAGCUCUAAAGUUGGUUCUCCUGGCUUUGGAAGAUGGUUCUGCUUUGUCAAGAAAAGUAUUGGUUCUCUUUGUGGUGCAAAGGUUAGAGCCACGGUUCCCUCAAGCCUCUAAAACUAGCAUUGGGCAUGUUGUCCAGCUCCUGUAUAGAGCCUCCUGUUUCAAGGUCACCAAACGUGAUGAAGACUCCUCUUUGAUGCAACUAAAAGAAGAAUUCAGGACCUAUGAAGCUCUGAGGCGAGAGCAUGACUCCCAGAUAGUUCAGAUUGCUAUGGAAGCAGGCUUACGAAUCGCACCAGACCAGUGGUCCUCUUUGCUGUAUGGAGACCAGUCUCACAAAUCUCAUAUGCAAUCCAUUAUUGACAAGUUGCAGACUCCAGCCUCUUUUGCACAAAGUGUCCAGGAACUAACAAUUGCUCUCCAGCGAACUGGAGAUCCAGCAAAUUUGAACCGACUAAGACCCCAUUUGGAGCUAUUAGCAAACAUUGACCCUAGUCCAGAUGCUCCUCCUCCUACUUGGGAACAGCUAGAAAAUGGAUUGGUUGCUGUGCGUACAGUGGUACAUGGGCUGGUUGAUUACAUCCAGAACCACAGUAAGAAAGGAGCGGAUCAACAGCAGCCUCCACAGCAUAGCAAAUAUAAGACAUACAUGUGUCGAGAUAUGAAGCAGAGAGGAGGAUGCCCUCGUGGGGCCAGCUGUACAUUUGCACACUCCCAGGAGGAACUGGAAAAAUUUCGCAAAAUGAACAAACGCCUGGGUCCCAGAAGACCCCUGAGUGCCUCUAUGGGUCAGCUUAAUGAGGUGGGCCUGCCUUCAGCAGCUAUCCUUCCUGACGAAGGUGCGGUGGAUCUGCCGAACAGAAAACCCCCUGCUCUGCCCAAUGGGAUUGUGUCAGCAGGGAACACAGUAACGCAGCUGAUUCCACGAGGAACAGACCCCAGCUACGAUUCUACUCUGAAAUCAGGAAAGAUGGAUCAUCUGAGCAGCAGCGCCCCUGGAUCCCCUCCUGACCUGCUAGAAACUGUCCCCAAGAGUAUCCCACAUCCUGUACCUCCAAGGGGGCCAUCAGACCUGCCUCCUAUGCCUGUCACUAAGCCAAUGCAGAUGGUACCGCGGGGUUCGCAGUUAUAUCCUGCCCAGCAGGCAGACGUGUAUUAUCAGGAUCCUCGAGGAGCCGCUCCACCAUUUGAACCAGCACCUUAUCAGCAGGGUGUGUACUACACUGCGCCACAGUGUGUGUCCCGCUUUGUCCGACCUCCACCAUCUGCUCCUGAGCCCGGUCCUCCCUACUUGGAUCAUUACCCACCCUACCUCCAAGAUCGUGUUGUAAACUCUCAAUAUGGCACACAGCCACAACAGUACCCACCUAUGUACCCGCCACACUAUGAUGGCCGUCGAAUAUACCCUGCUCAGUCUUAUCCAAGAGAGGAGAUUUUCCGAGACAGUCCUAUACCUAUUGAUAUUCCACCUGCAGCAGUACCAUCCUAUGUACCAGAAUCCAGAGAAAGAUACCAACAGGUGGAGGGUUACUACCCAGUGGCUCCUCAUCCAACUCAGAUCAGACCUUCGUACAUCAGAGAGCCUCCUUAUAGCCGGCUUCCUCCUCCUCCCCAGCCCCACCCUAGUCUAGAUGAGCUACAUCGAAGACGAAAGGAAAUAAUGGCCCAAUUAGAGGAAAGGAAGGUUAUCUCUCCACCUCCUUUUGCGCCUUCACCAACAUUGCCGCCUACCUUCCAUCAAGAGGAAUUAUUGGAUGAAGACUUGAAGGUAGCUGGGAAAUAUAAGGGAAAUGAUUAUAGCCAGUACUCUCCCUGGUCAUGUGACACCAUCGGCUCCUACAUUGGAACCAAAGAUGCAAAACCCAAAGAUGCUGUGGCAGCAGGGAGUGUGGAAAUGAUGAAUGUGGAGAGUAAAGGAAUGAGAGACCAGCGGUUGGAUCAUCAGAGAAGAGCAACAGAAACCAGUGAUGAUGACCUCAUCCCAUUUGGAGACCGACCAACAGUAUCUCGGUUUGGUGCCAUCUCUCGAACUUCCAAAACAAUAUAUCAGGGUGCUGGCCCAAUGCAGGCUAUGGCACCUCAGGGAGCUCCCACAAAAUCUGUUAACAUUUCAGAUUACAGUCCAUAUGGAACCCAUGGUGGCUGGGGAGGCUCUCCCUACUCACCUCAUCAAAACAUACCUUCUCAGGGACACUUCAGUGAGAGGGAGAGGAUAUCCAUGUCAGAAGUGGCCAGUCAUGGCAAACCCCUUCCAUCUGCUGACAGGGAACAGCUACGACUAGAAUUGCAACAGCUAAACCAUCAAAUUAGCCAACAGACUCAGCUACGUGGACUAGAGGCUGUUAGUAACAGGCUGGUGUUGCAGAGGGAGGUGAACACCCUGGCAGCCCAGUCACAGCCACCACCACCACCUCCAAAAUGGCCUGGAAUGAUCUCAAGCGAGCAGUUGAGCUUGGAACUGCACCAGGUGGAAAGGGAAAUCGGGAAGAGAACCCGGGAACUGAGUUUGGAGAACCAGUGUUCUCUGGAUAUGAAAAGCAAAUUAAAUACAAGUAAGCAAGCAGAAAAUGGACAACCAGAACCACAAACUAAGGUUCCAACCGAGGACCUUACAUUGACAUUCAGUGAUGUACCGAAUGGAUCAGCCUUGACACAAGAGAAUAUCAGCCUCCUAUCAAACAAGACCAGCUCUCUGAACCUAUCAGAGGACCCUGAGGGAGGAGGAGACAACAAUGACUCCCAGCGAUCAGGAGUUACACCCAGUUCUGCUCCCUAAAAUAUGAGGAGUCAGACUUCUAUCUUCUGCUCCGAAUCAAUUUGUGGGACGUAGGUGUAGCAGAACGAUAACUUCUAAACUUCUUCUCUGAGAGUGGUCAGAGAAGUCCAGGGAAAGCACCGGAGGCAAUGUGCACAAACACCACUACUAAAAACAAACCCUGCACAUAGAUCACAUCAAUGCAUUUUUUAAUUUAAAAAAAGGAAAAAGAAAAAGGAAAUUAGCAGUAUCUGCAAGCAAUUCAGAUUAAAUUUGUUUUUGUUCUGUGAAUGAACUUUAUUUUAAUAACUUUGGACGCCUUGGAUCCAGGGCUUUAAAAAAAAGAAGAUAUUAUAUAUACACUCUGUUUGAUUAAUUGUAUGAUCUUAAUGAAGUAGGUUUUUCUUGUAUUUUGGUAUUAUUACAUACCCAGUGUAUAAUUCCUGCCUUGCAAUCCUUUCCCACUCUCACAACCCCAUAAAUUAAAACAGACAAAAAGCACCGGCCUGUCUGAGAAUCCUCCGGUGCUUGAUAAACAAAAAGACAGUAACAGACCAGUUAGAAAAUGUGCAGCAAACCAAGGUUUCUGAGAGCUGUCAUUUGGAAGCCAUGAUUAUCCUUUCCUCUCUGGGUCACUGCCUUCAUGUGUUAAGUAUGUUUCCUAUGUUAUUCAAACAUAUUUUUGUUCAGGGGGGUUUUAUUUCUUGUUUUGUUUUUAACUUUUCAGAGAUAAUUGCCAGACAAUUUUUUAAGUCCUCAUGUCCAUGUUAUGGAAUCCUUUCAUUUUCUUAAUGUAAUCUGAAAGCAGAGCCAGUGUUUAGAUUGUUGGUUAGAUUUGUAUGGAGAUUAUUUUAAGAAUGAACUCUAAUUUAUUAGCACUGGAAAUACUUGGUUAGUGUAUGACCUACUUGGAGCUGAUGGUUGGAAAUUUGGACCUGUGCUUUUUUCUAAAUUGAACUUUGGGUGAAAUCAGAGAAUGCUAAAAAAUCAGCACAGCACAAUCAACCAUGUUUUAAAACUGCAACACUUGAUUUGAAGUUAAAAUGGACAGAGCUACAUUAUUUCACUGAAUUCUUUUAUUUUACCCUCAAAACCCAAAAAUAUAAAAUAAAAUCCCUAAAUACUGGUGCCCCUGGCUUGCAGAGGUUUGCCUGGAUCCUGAUAAUAGUUUGUGAAUUGAUCAGUUGUUGCUGUUCAGAAUCAUUAGCACAAGUAGGUAGAAGAACCUAGAGGUUAAUUUCCAUAGACUUGGCUUUACAAUACUAUAAAGAUUCUUCAUGAAAAUGUUAUAAAGAAUAAAGAAGGAUUUGAUUGGUUAGUUCUGCUGCACAUAUUCUGAUGGCCCAUGUCUGUACUGAACUAAGACCCUAUAAACCAUGCUAGGUGGGGAUUAUUGGAUAUAGUCACUCUCCCCAUCCCUCUGUUAGCCUGAUUUUUUAUAAUUUCCUUUUCUGGAUUAUACUACUAAAACAGAAAGCACUGGUUAUGUAAUGUUACUGCAUUGCUUUGGUUGGGUAAAAGCAAGAGUUUGUAUUUUUCUUGUUUCUUAUUUUCUUAACCCUGAACUCCUGCUGAGGUCAUAACAACCUCAGUCUAAGCUCUGUGUCCAUCAUAAUGUUAACUGAAACAAAUUGGGGGGAGGGGGGGUAAUUCAGUCCUGCCAUUGCCUACCAGUAGGAGAGUCCAAACAGAACACUCUUUUGAGUAGCGAUUAUUUAAUUUGCCCAGUCAAGGCACCGUGUUUAUAUACUAUUUCACAUUGAAUUUGAUUAUGCCCUACAGACCUGGCUGGUCAAGGAUUUGAUAUACACAUAUUGGCUUGGGAUUCGAGCUUUCUUUUUUAUUUAAAUAAAAAUUUAUAUAUAUAUUAUAUAUAUACAUAUAUACAUAGCUAUAUCUGUAUAUAUAUUGGGUAUGUUUUAAGGAUUUUUUCGCAUGAGCGCAGCUGUUGCGAUAAAAUGACUGAUUGGGAGGUAGAAGCACUGAAUGAAGAUGAGGCAUUUUUUCAUUUGAAAUCCAUAUUUUUCUGUUUUGUUAAUACACUUGCUUUUGUGCUUUUUUUUUUGUUUUGCUUAAAACCCUCAUAUAUUUAUUCUUUAAGUGUUUAUUGUUUUUUGGGAGAAGGAGAGAAACUGUUUGUCUGACAGAGCCCCAAGACUUUUAAUUUUUCUAUAUAGACAACCAUAAAAGGCAACAUGCUUGGCCUGCAAUCUUCUGUGGGCACAGUUGGGCAGAUCUUACUUCUCCUUUGGACAUGUUAGGUAACUCCUAACUUUUAGAAGCAGUUAGUUCAAUUUGGAACUCAAAACAAUUUUGGUAUUAGAAGGAAACUUAAGGAUAUUGAUUUUGUUAGAAUAAGUAAAAUUCCAUUGGGGUAUCUAUUACCACACCUGAUAACUUCUGUUAUUCUGUGUCCUUCAAAUGCUCUCAUUCUAGCUAUCACCAUUUUGAUACUCCAAACUAGUCAGGAACAGGGAUUAACUUAUACAGUGUUCCUUUUCUGAAUAAAACCAGGAAAGCUACUGUUUUGAAUUGAUUUAAAAUAGUUUUUCACUUUUUAAGGUAUAUUUAUUUGGGGGCGGGGUAGGAAGAUCUCUUAAAUUGUAGCCUUAAUUCUCGCUGUACCUCUCUGAGGUCCCACACUCUCAAGGCAAGCUGGCUGCAUGGAAAGGCAGGGGAGUAGUAUAUUGUCCAUGUAUGUGCCUGUAGCCCACGUACCUUAAUAGGUCAUUCUGGCCGCCCUCCUGGAUAGUCUUAUAGCUUUCCUAGUGCCCAUAAGCGGUGUUAGGAUAAAGCCUCAAAAUUUUGGGUUCUUUUUUCCUUUUCUCUGUGAUUUACUUUAUGAUAUAUGAGCCUGUAAGGGAAAGUGGCAAAAGUACUUGACUGUUGAACUGCCUUUUUUUGGUUAAAAUCUAUGAAAGGCAUUGAUUUUUCUAACUUUUAAAAUUUAUGCCAUUAGAAACAAGAGAUUAAACGAGUCAGAUAGGAAAUACAGUUUUUAUGCUUUCUACUUACUAAAAUAUUAAUUUCUUCUGAAAAUGAUUACUUGCUUUCACUGAAUUCAAAAUCAAGACUUGGACAUCUCAAAUAAACAUGAACAAUUCUGAGAGGGCCAAGGUGGGAAUAAUAAGCACUGUGUUCACUCCUGUUCAAAUAAGACCAGAAUUUAUAGCUAGAAAUAUAAAAGUACUUUGACUUACUCUUUUUUUAAGGGGUCUCUGGAAAAGUGUAGAAGAACUGAGAAUAAGAGAUCUAGAUUCAGUUUCUUGACUUAUAUGUAGCUCUUUUGCCUUACUGAUAGACACUGUCACAAUAUAAGUCCAGUAGCUUGCCCUGUCUUGGCUAUUUUACAGAGGCUAACGUGACCAACGAUCCAUUUCUUGUUACUUUUCUAAUCAAAAGUUAGUUAUAGCAGAGGUUUCUACUAACAUUAUUCAAAUGACAAGACACUAUUUCUAAUGCCAGCUACAAAUAUCAGCUACUCAGGAUGUACACAGUUUAUCUGGUACAGCAUUAAUGUGGCCGAGUCCCUUCUCCCAUCCAUUUCCCUUCCCUUCGCCUCACUGUUCCCAUGUAUUUAUUCUUUUGCUUUUUCUAAAAGACAUAAAAUUGGUAUGAUUCUCACUUGCUACCUUGAAUGUAUAACUUCAUCAGACCUUCCAUAGACCUUCAGAGUUGAAGCUGAAAGUUGUUUUUCUCUUUUAUUUUCUGGCCCUUUUCUAUCUUGCAAAUUCCCUUGAUUUACCCACUGCCCUCCCCAAUCUGCAACAGUGACAGUUUGCUGCCUCAAAACAGAGCAUUCAAAUGAAUUCGCUUAGCCAAUAACUUCUGUGAAGUUGCCUUUUCUAAUGGUGUUAUUACUCAGUGAUGCACAAAUGUGGUAUUUGCCCUACUGGUAGGCAAACAAAGGUCUGGUUCAGAAUGGUAACCUGCUGGGGUGUUCUUGUUUUUUUCUUUUUUUGAAGGAGAGCCAAAGACUUGUGCUUUACUCUGUUUUGGUUUGGGAAAAAUAGUAGCCAUUUUGAUUGUGUAACCUUUAAGUAUUUGUGAGUUGAUUGUACUGUGUAAGUAGAUUUAUCUAAAGUUAACUGAUAAGUUAGCUGGCCUUAUAAAAUGUAAAAGUAAUGAAAAUUCAUCAGUUUCUCUUUCAUCAGGGAAUAUCUUUAACAAUAUUAUGUGUAAGUGAUCCCUUCCCUUCUUUUUGAGACGAUUUUGUCAUGAUAGCAUCUUGUGUGUUUUUGCUUUUUUUAACUUGUGCCUAAAGAACAGUCUCCUAUCACUGUGGUUAAGUCAUGGGCUGGUGAGACAUAAUUAUUAACUAUGGGCUGUAUAUGUCAGAUUAUCACAUGCCAAGAAAAAUAGGUUCUUUUCACUAAAGAGUAUGUGGUUGCUAUUUCAUGUAUACAAAUGGUGAUGGGUGGAGGUCUUACCAUCCUUCUUCCACUUUCUUUUUGCUCAUUUUAAAGGAUUGAGUAAAGGUUUCAUACAUAAAAUCGAUCUGUAAAAAGCACCUGUAAUGAUUUCUAUUUCAUUAAAAGCAAAGGCCCGGUUACUUUUUAGGAGAAAUUAAUACCCUGCCUGGAAAUUGACUGCAGUGCUUGCUUAGAUUUUUACCUUAUCAGAAUGCAACUUUGUUUAUUUAUUAUUUGGUGUUACAUUAUUAUAGUGUUUCCUUCCUGAAAAAUCAGCCUGUCCUUUUAGAUAAAAAUUAUAGCUUUUAAACUAAAACAGUCACUCAGCAUUCAGGAUUGGAUAAGCAAGCCAUCUGCUGCUGUCGUCAUUUUACCCGUGUGCCUAUUGCCGAUCCACAUUCUCUCUCCCUUGGGCAACUGUGAGUUUUAUAUUUAUUUGUUUUAGCUCAGCUUUAUGAGAUUUUCCUGCUGAAAUGGUUUAUUGGGAGUUGUAGGUGGGUUGCAGUUAAUACAUAUAUUUUAAUUCUUCAUUCAACCUUUCUGAGUCACUUGAAAAAGAAAGUUGUUUUUGUCAAAAGGUACUAUUAAUUAUAGUAAAUACCAUCUUAAGAUUUAUUUUUUUUAGACUUUUUUGACUGCUAAAGAUACUUCACAUGUAUUAGAGUAUAAUUGAGAAGUAAUACUAGUUAUGUUAAGAAUAGGAAACUGCCACCACCAGAAAGAAGCAACACCUUCUACUAAUUGGGUGGAUUUUCAAUACUGCACUGAACCAACUGGGUAAAGAGCCUUUUGAAAUCCUGUUGUGAUAUAGGGACUUACCUACCACUGGAAUCCUUGUUUUCAGAGCCUCUGAACUUUCAGCCAAACACUGAAUUUCCCCUAAACUUUAUUCCUGAGCAAAACAUUCCUAGGGUAAUAACUUUUAUUUUCACAAGAAAAUAGGCACAAUAACCCAAGAGAGAGAACUUAAACCUCAAGACAGUAUUGUGUCCAAAAAUGUAUAUUUAGAAAAACAAAAUCCUGUGGAGUUAGUAUAUUAUAUACAACAUAAGGUGAGUUAUUUUCUUGUAUUGAGAUCUCACUGUUUUGGUUGAUUGGGGUUUGUUUUGUUUUGUUUAACUCUAAGUAGACAGAGCUCACAAGUCUUUGGCAUCCAUUCCAGGUUGUAUACUCAGAGAGUCAUCUUAUAACUGGAAACUGUCAGGUAGUCCCUUACCCCGCCCAAGCUGGUACAUGAAAGGAUCAAGAAAAGGAUGGAAACAAACUAUUGGGUGAAUAAUUGGUUGUCUGAUUGUUUCGUUUUGCCUGAUUUUAAAAAAAAUCACUUAUUGCUAUCAUAUCUGAACCACCCUAUAAAAUAUUCCUCAAAUUUGAAGGCAGUUUAAACUUUUGUUUAUUAUUUUUACAUCCUCUGUUCAACUAAUACACAGCCCUGGGGACCACUUUUAACAGGUGUAUUGGCUAAGUUUUCAUUGUCCCCUUUCUCCUUCUCUUCCCACCUUCUGGGAAUGAAAGAAAGUUGGGGGGAAAAUUUUUUCCCCCAUUCUAUUAAUUGAUCCAUAGGCCUCAUUAUCUUUAUGCCGAAUCUAUGACUUUUUGAAACAGGAAAAGUGGAUUAAGAUAAUGGAUAAAACCUUUCACCCACUUAAACAUUUUCCAGUUGUGAGAUUCCUCUUCCUGUGUGUGGUUUCCUCUCUGUCACCCCAGCUGCCCUGUUCCCCUGUCUAUGGUCAAUUUGGUCUUUAGGCUCAUACCAGUCUCCCCGAGACAUUCUGCAGUCAUUAUCACCUUUUUGGGUGGAUUUUAUUUUGUUUUAUUUUGGUUUUGUUUUUAAAAUAACUUUUUAACACUGAUGCAUACUUGCUUGGGAUAGAGCUUGUGUAAUUUACCAAUCGUAUUGAUUGUAUGUGAUUGUGCCCUGCAGAGGUAUAUUUAACAAGACAAAAUAAUCUAGGUUAAUAAAGGAGCCCAUGAGAUUUGAGUCAGAUUAUGAAUGAUUUCAUGAAAUCACAGUUUUGCAUAGUGAAAUUUUAAUUUUCUGUUAAAAAUCAUUGCUAGACUAAAUACUUUUUUUAAAAUCUUGUAUUCCUAUUCUUAUAUUCCUAUUUUUUUCCUUGCCUCUGCUCUCUAUUCUUUCUUGCCUGCGUCCACCACCUGUUCAGAAAUAAAAGUACUGAACCUUAAAGUCAUAGCUAAUUUUUAAAUUGCUGAAGUUCGUGAAUUUUUACUUUUACCAAGUGUUUCCAACUUAAAAAGAAAAAGUGAAGACAGAUGAACAGAUGGUUGUAAUUUCACAGGGUGUGAAUAAUUCCUUACCAUUUGGCAAACUAAAGUCUUAUUUGAAGACUUUAUUUCCUGGAAGUCCUUUUGGAAAAAGGAAAAGAACCCCAUUUGAAAUGAACCAUUUUCCUCUCUUUAAAUCUGUUUAGAGUUCCAAUUGUUUAUCAAGUGAAGUGGAAAAACAUAGUAGUAGGAAGGUAUUUGGGGCAGCAGAACUUGGGGUUCGAGUAAGGGUGUGUUCUGCUUGUCGCAGGCUUUUGAGAGGAUUAGGACCAUCUUUUUCAAUUUAGUAUUAUUUGUGUGCAUGUUGUUUAUAUCAAAGAUGCCACAUUUUGUUAAAAUACUAUUUCCUUCCUUUAUUACCUUGGAAACUGACUCAGCCUCAUGUUGCUUCUAAUUAGUGUUUAGGGCUCCCAUGAGUUGCAGAUAAAAGGAUCAUUUUAACAAGUAGAAGGAGGUGAUUCACCUUUUGGUUUGUAAAUAUAUGAAAGUGUCUACAAGGUCUUUAUCUGCUUUCUGUCAGCAUUUAUAUUAAAUGAUAAAUUAAUGAG